AUGCCCAAUCGUCGCAUUCCUCCUCCUCCUCCAACAGCAGCAUCCUCGAGUAAUCCAUUCAGCGACCCUCCUGACAGUACACAGCUUCCACCACCACAAGUGGCAUCUCUUGUUCCAUUUACGUCUUCUCAAGUAUCCUCAUCUUCAACAUUGGUCGACAAUCACUCUUCUAGUUCCCAUACUCGUCAACACACGCCUGUGUCGCCUGUAAAUAUACCAACGAGCAAUGUCUCUCGAUUCCACAGCACCCGCAACCGUAGCACAGGUUCCAGCACAGACUUUCAAGCUUCACCACGAUCCUUUGUAUUGGAAGGUUCUUCACCACACCACGUUGAACGUAGCAACAGCCCCUUUGGUAUGACAUCCUCGCCGUCAAAAGAGCAUGUUCGUCACCGACGUGGAAAGAGCUCAACCGAUCAGACUCAAGAUCCUGCUGUGAGUAGCAGAAUUGUCAGCUCGUGUGGUCCAACCGCUCUCAGUUCAGAUUAUGCAUUGGGUGUUGUCUUUGCUCAAUUCGAAAAUGUGGCCGACAAAAAGAUGGAAUUGAUUCUCAAUAUGGGCGUGGAUGCAGAGGUCGAUUUUCGAAAACUACUUGCAGUUGGUGCUGAUCCUGCUUUCGACAAGCUCAUUCGAUCAUUAUCCUCUCUUGCUAUAUGCCAACAAAAACAAGUCAUUGAUGCUGUCAUGCGAUGGAGAAGGGCCAAAAUUGAACCAUUGGAUCCCGCUUUAUUAAGGCGUGUCAGUGAAUCGGCACCGUUGUCCAGAGCAAAAGAUGUCGCAUCCAUUCUCAAAGAACGGCAAUCCCUUGCCUCUGUGUAUAUCCUAUGUCGAGCAUUGAUCGAGAUUGUCAAGUCAUUCACGCCCCAUACACUGCCAGAGGACUUGGGUGAAAACCUUGAGGAGAUCGUAUUCAACCAAUUGAAGAAAGCGGAUCCAGAAGCCAUCAAGCGAUCCAAAAACAGGACUGCAAGUAUGGACCUCUUUGCCGAGCUUAUUGGAGAACUAUCCAACGUCCGAUUUGCGUCUGUUAGCGAUCGCUUCAUUGCUGAACUUGAAAAGUACAACAGCCAAACCAUCAUGAAAGAGCGACAAAGUCAUAUGGAAAUGCUUAUUCGUGGUAUGCGCUUUCUGAAGAUCAAGAUUUACCCCCUGGAUGCUUUGGAGGAAACAGCUGAUUUUCUUUCAAGCUGUGCCAGUUUCUUCAAGAAUGCGCAUGGUGCCAAAGUCAAGCUUACUUAUGCCAAUCUAUUCGUGCUAUUACUAUCACCGAUUGCUGGGGUUGCUGUAGCUGAAGUUAAUUUCCCCGCAUGGAGUCGAGCAGUGGAUCUUGUAUAUCCAAGAGCUUUGAAAAUGACCCUGAAACCUCGUUACAUGUUGGCUGGAUAUUCUCUUGUAACGAUAUUGCUAUGUGUCAGCCGAAAAGAGUUCUUCAGCAACAACUGGAUACCCAUCGUGGAGAGCUGCUAUCAAAAGUUUAGCAAGGAUAAAUACACUCGGCAAUUGACAUUGGGAUGCAUAUCUCGACUUAUCUGGACCUACCUAUUUCGUUGUACCGAGAGCACUGCCAUUGCCUUCAAGAAACUUGACACCAUCAUCAAAACACUAUUUCCUCCAUUUCGACGAGCCAUCAAUCCAUCAGAGACAUCACUCGACCAUUUCAUCCUGAUCACCUAUUUUGCCUUAAUGAGGGAUGUUGAUACCGCUACCAAAAGUAUCAUAUUUUAUCUGCUAAACGCCGACAAUGCUGCAGCCACUUUUCAUCUGGAAUACAUCAACCCUGAACGAAUGAUUAUUGCCUUACGGGCUUUUCGAUUGAUGCUUUAUGAUCUCGAGCGAGGUGUGACACGACCCCCAUUUCCAGCUGACCCUGAUAUGCUCGCCACUGGUAUCUCCAUGCAAUGCAGUGCCGAUCUAUUCUCAGCCCCGAUUCGUUCAGUGAAACCCGAUGUGACCGAUCGAGUGGAAGAGGUUAUUCACAAGACGUUGUUGAGUUUGGAUCAAGCGUUUGGAAAGUUGCUGGUAUUGGAUGAAAAGACGACUAUCAUGAGGACUGCCAGCAAUAUUUCUUCGACUGUGGGAGGUGGUACUCUUGGUGGUGGUAAUUAUUCGGUACCCAUGUUCGUCAACAGCGUUGGUAUAUCAGGAACAUCGGAUGGUGGCCCACAAAUGCAACAUCAAUAUGCAACUUUUAUUGUAUCCUAUUCCAAAGACAAGCAAGCGUAUCUCGAUGUGUUGAAAGCUAUACUUGAUUCAAUGCCACGAUUGAUGCCUGCUGGUGUCCCAUUACCCAAGUUGGUGGAAAUGUUAUCGCGCUACACCGUUCAUGCAGAUCCCGAGGUGAUACAAGCGGCGUCACAAGCAUUGGUGCGAAUUGCACAGCAACUUGAUAGCCAAACGGUGGUCACAGGCUAUUCACGCUUUGUGUAUCGAAUUGAGGACAAGUUUUCAGAUAUUGUGAUCGGUCUUGGAAAUGGCCCAUUGACAGGAGGCAAUCACAAUGGCAACGGGGGCGUCAUGAAGCUUUACACCGAUCUGCUAGCCAUUUGGGUAUCUCAAAUCGACCUUUCUCAAGUCAGCACGGUGGCACCAUCUUCGGGAGAACCAUCCGAUUUGUCACGAUUAUGUCGCAUGGUCGAAGAGACUGAAGCCAAUGGUCUUUUAUUCCUUUGUCAUUAUUCAUCUUCAGUACGACGCUAUGCUGUGAAGGUUAUCAACCUGGCAGCUGAAUUGGAGGAGCAGCUAUUCACAAUGGCAAAAGAAAAGAAGCCGAUCCUUUUGGAAGAGUUGAAAAAGCAUUUCCCCAAAAAGCGCACGUAUCCACGUUUACACAAUUACUUGGCAUCAGCAGGGCAGGACAUGAUCAAAUUCAACAAAGAGACCAAUUCAUUGUUCGGGCACAGCUUGAGUAUUGAAACACGUAUGCGUAUUCAACAACACCAGCGACGAGCGAUACCACAUGUGCUGAUCCAAGUGGCUGAAAGCGACCAUGCAGCUGAUAUCAGCAUCUGGAACAUGUGCUACUCAGAGAUCUUUAAGCAAUGCUUCGACUAUUUCCCAGACACAGUUGCUCUUUGUCGACAAAACAUUUGCACGCGCCUGGUACAGCUUUUACCAUCGAUCCAAGUGUCACUCGAAACAGCCAAAGUGGGCACCACCGGCACCUUGAGCAUGAGCAAGAGCAGCACAAGUCAAAAGGCAGCUAGUGCUGAAAUGAUUGAGCAAUGGAAGAUUUAUAUCAUUUUCGCCUGUGCAACAGCUACGUUACCAAACAACGUGUCUCCCAUUGCAACGUGGGCCAACAGCGGUCGUAAAGGAUCAACAGUAGUACAAAAGAUCACCACAGCACAUGAUUUGUUCCGUAUGAUGAUGCAAUUCUUGACAUGCGAACAUCGCCCGAUACGAGAAGCAGUGAUCCAAGGUUUCGGCAAUGUGAAUCAUGAUGCGUACAAGAUGCUUAUAUCCGAUAUCCAAAGCCAUGUGCGUGUUGUGCUUGAUGAUGGAAAACAACGCAACAAUCAAAAGCCAUAUCAAAACAAGCGCAGCAAAAAGAAUGACCGAUUGAGGAUUUCGUUGAUGCAUGUUUUUGAGCUUACGGCCGACUGUUUGGAGGAAAAGCGAUUUCUUGAAGAUAAGGAGCUCAUGAAUGUCAUUAUGAGUUACAUCAAGGAGACCAAGUCGUUUCUUGCUGAUAGCGAGGUGCAACUCGAAUGGGAAUAUCACAAGCUACGUGUCUAUUUGUGUGGAUUGGUGGAGAAGUUGUAUGAAAACAUUAUGCGGCUCGACGACCCGACAAGUAUCAUGUCAUUCGAGACGAGACUUAGCCUAUACAAGAUGUUUGAAGAAUGGUGUGGCUAUGGCAUGUACGCAUCAUCAACCAGAAGCCGUGAAGCUGCCAUGAUGAGAGAUGUGCUUGAACAGUGCAAGGAUACCCAAGAAAGAGCCAAUGCAACUCAGCUAAUGGAGGAAGAACGUAAGGCUCUGGAAAGCGCUGCUUUGAAUGCGAUGGCAACUCUUUGUCGUGGACCCCUUUAUGCAUUCCUUGGCCAAAAGAAGGCGAGACAAGCUGUCAUUCAAUUUGACAUGCUCAAUGUGCUCAAAUGGAUCGAUGCAGUCUUUGAGAGUUCGGAUUCUCGAUAUCAUGCUGUGGCAAGGCGUGCGUUGGAAUCCAUAUUGAUAUACAACCAGGACCAGCCGCUUCUCUUGGAUGAUGUGAUCGAGCAAUGCUAUGCAGGAAAUCCAAAGCUGGAGUUUACUCAAGGCUACUUUCUUGCGCUGGCGGACAUUGUUACUCGAGUCGAUGAUUAUCCUUGUCACAUUCAUCAAAUCAUGAGCUUGGCGCUAUUCAAAACGGGUGAUGCCAAAAAGUCCAUUAGGAAGGCAGCAAUCAACCUAUUGCGGGUGAUCGAAGAACGAGUAUUCGCUGAUUCUUGUGCCAAAGAGUAUGAGAUUGGUAUCACCAGCAGUCUACCAGCCAUUUACAAACACACGCAAACACUAUUGUCAGCACGUCUUGCGGUGGAUCAUCCCGAGCAAACUUACUCGAUGAUAUCUGAAAUUGCACAACGAUUUGAACACAUCAGCCCCAACAGCCAGCGAGAAGUGUUGAUUUAUUUAUUGCCUUGGUUACGAAAGAUUGACUUGUCAAUGGGUCCUCAAGACGUGGAGCUUAGUGCGUCAGCGUAUAUGGUGCUAUCCAACAUUUUCUACAUCACGAUCAAAUUUGGCGAUAUGUAUGUCAAGGAGAUUGCUGCACUAUGGAGUCAACUCGUGGAUCACGGUCGUAAUGUGCGUGCGAUUAUCAUGUAUCUUCUUGAUAUGGGGCAAGUGAUGCGUAACCCUUGGUUCUUGAUCCAUGCAAAGCGAGUCUUUGUAUGCCUUGGACGUACGCCAGCAUUCGGUCGAGUUGUAGAGGAGGUUAUUACUGAAAUCACACCACGAUCAAUGGUACCCACCGUCAAGGAAGCCAACAACUCCCAUACCCAUGCCUUCCCUCUUCUUUUCGUUGCCGACAUUGAAAAGGCCUUACCAACUUAUUCCAAAAAGCCGGCAUUUUCACGUGGUCAGCUGGCGAUGGUAUUCUUGGUGGAUCUUGCUAUUGAAGCAGGUGCAGACUUGGCUCCUCAUCUCCCGUUACUUUUACACAGCAUCUUUGUACAACUUGAUCAUUUGACCAGCAUUGUGUGUGAUCAAUCUCGAUGUUUCCUUAUCAACCUUAUUCAUUCCAUUGUGAUACGGCAGUCUUUGGAUUCUGAAGCGUCUCAAAAGGCAACCGAUUUGAUUCAAUGGCUCGCAUCCAAAGAGGGUAAACGGCUUUGGGCCUAUGAGAACAUUACACCAAAGAAUCGAAGAUUGCAGAGUGCAAGUGAAUUAUCGGAUUUGUUGCGCAAGGUGGUUGAUGUCUUUUCACACGAGGAUCCAAGUUUGCGACAAAAAUGGGGCGAGACGGCACUCAAAUGGGCGACAUGUUGUUCGGUGCGACACAUCGCGUGUCGAUCAUUUCAAUGUUUCCGUACACUGAUGCCAGCCUUCAAUCAGCACAUGCUUGCAGACAUGUUGGCUCGAUUAUCAAACACCAUUGCCGACAAGUCUGAUGAGAUACGAGGAUUCGCAUUGGAGAUCAUUUUGACAUUGACAGAUGUUGUCAAAUUCAUGGAUCACACUCAGCUGGAGCAAUUCCCUCAAAUGUUUUGGGCAGCAGUGGCAUGCUUAUACAGUCCUUACGAAGCUGAACACGCUGAGGCAUUGGUGCUCUUGGAGAUUGUCUUGGAAAAGUAUGGAUUUUCGAAUGCACUCGCAUCCAGCUUCCCUAAGAAUUGGGCAAGCGAAUUCGAGGGGUUACAGCCUUUAUUGCUUAAGGGGUUACAAUUUGAAUCGGCGGAGGAAAAGACGUUUACGAUAUUGUCAUCCAUUAUGCUUGUCGACAAUCCGCCAUUGAUAGAUCCAUCGGAGACACGUCUUUUAUACCUAUUGCUUGGCUCACUCUGUCGCUUAUUACAUGGCCUUGAUGUGGGUAGUGGAACCGAAGAACACGGCUCUGCGGUGCAGCUAUCGACUGAAUUGACUCAGCUAUUCGAAUGGUAUGCCUUACCCAAUGUGCAACGUAUAUUGGCCACCUAUCCAAAGCAAAAGAGCAAGUUUCAAGAAGAUUAUCUCAAGCAGCUUCUCGGCUCUAUACGUGAUGUGUUCUUUCCCAAAUACGCCAACCAAGCCCUUAUGUUCGCACUCUUGCUGGUCAAGAACAAGAUACCAUAUUACCGUGAAAAGGGAUUGAUUUUGAUUGAGAACCUAGUGCCAUAUGUAAAAAAGACACAGCCAUCAUUGUCGAAUACCACCACUGCUGGUACGAGUGCAGCAGCAGCAGCCCUCGGUGAGAUACCAAUCGACAUUGCUUCCUUGAGCCCACUAUUGCACCUAGUCCAGACCGAUUUUGCUGACAAGGCUUUAAGCAUUUUGAAUGCGGGGAUACCAGCAGCACCAGCACCCAUUCCAGCAGCCCCAACGAUCAAAGACAAUGAUGGAGCUAGUGAUCCUAAUAUCACCACCACCACUGCAACUACAGCUACAGCUACAGCAGCCAAUGUUAUUUGGGGAUUUGGACCAGCUUCCAUGAACAUCGCCUCUCAAAUAGCCCGCCACAAUGUUCAUGCAGUUGUCUUUGAAUGUUCAUCACUCACGAACCAGGCACCCAUCGAACACAAUAUCCAAUUUUCCAUUGAGGACUUUUCUUUACUCACUGGCGAGAAUGAUGGCAAUGCAACGACUCGCAUGUUUGGUGAAGAGGGAGAAGUUCCAGGAACAGAAAGCAUCAUGAGCACCACAAGCAGCAAUGAUAGUGCCAAUGCAGCCAUACCUGGAGAACAUGGUGCUGUGCCUGCGCCAUCUACCACCACUACUACUGUACCAUCUGAUACCAAGCGCCCCAUGGAUGGCUCUUAUGGAGAAGAUUUGAUGAAUGCCCUUAAAGAUCUCGAUGACUUUUUCAAUGAAGACGUUGAUACACCACUCAGCCCAUCAUCCACCUCUUCCUAUAAUCGGGAUCGACAUGGGUAUAGCUCAUCCAACGGGCCUGCUGAUUUCACUAGUUCAGGGAUAGGAUUUGAUUCUGAUGGAGAGAUCUAA